AUGGGGGCUGUCUCGUCUUCGGUCUCUUCUCUUUUCACCUGGAAGGGCCAGCGGAAGCAAGGCAUUCUUCUCGUGGGCCUAGAUGCCGCAGGGAAGACCACGAUGCUGUACAAGAUGAAAGCUGGUGAAGUCCGCACCACCAUCCCUACAAUUGGCAUGGUUGUGGAGACACUUGAGAUCCGUGGCAAGAUGAACAUCACGACAAUGGUCGCGUUGGAUGUUGGCGGUCGCGACAAGAUUCGCCCUCUCUGGAGGCACUACUACCAGAACGUGGAUGCGCUGGUGUUUGUGGUCGAUUCCAAUGACCGAGAGCGGCUAGAGGAUGUGCGCCAGGAGCUUGACAAGUUGCUCCGUGAGGAUGACCUUCUGGACAAGCCCAUUCUUGUCUUUGCAAACAAGCAAGACCUGCCAAAUUGCCUCAGAGUGCCGGAGCUUACUGACAAGCUCGGCCUCCAUAACAUCCGACACCGACGGUGGUACAUCCAGGAGAGUGUGGCUACCGAAGGCAAGGGUGUGUACGAGGGGAUGGAGUGGCUGUCAUCAGAGUUGAACAGAGAUCGCAGAAGUGACUCGGCAAUGUGCAGUGCUCCGGCAUCCCGAGGGCUUCCUGCCAAGGGUGUGGUGGCAAAGCCAGAGCACCCUGAUGAUGUCUCGACGGCCGACACAGAGGAUGCCAUCGCCAGGGCAGAGGUCAUCACCUCACAUCCGUGA